AUGGAGUACUUCAGAAGUCAAAGCUUACGACAAUUCAUAAACAAUCGGCCUGAAAAUUUAGAAUUCUCCCCGAAAAGAAAAGAAAAUUAUGAAAUAUGUUUGCAAAUAUGUCAAGCAGUGUCAUAUCUUCAUGAAUUAACCUGUAGUAUUAUUCAUAAAGAUAUUAAACUUGAAAAAAUUUUGGUCAAUGAGCAUCUGAUGGUUAAAUUAUGUGAUUUAGGCCUCAGUAAGAUCUCUGACAUUGAUUCCUCAUCUCCAUUAAACACUAUCAUUGGCCAUAAUUUUCGAGGCACUCCUAUGUUUAUGGCACUCGAAAUAAUCGUCCAAAAUUUACCAGCAAUGAAGCCGACUGAUGUAUGGGCUAUGGCAUGUUGCCUAGUCGAGCUUUUUUGUGAAAGAGAGGUUUGGAUUAUCGAACCUAAAUUUACAACACACGCAUUGCGUGAAUUAUUAUUGAAAAGAUUGAAACCGGAUCUAACAAAUAUACCAUCUGUUUUACAAGGAAUCAUAAGCGCCUGUUUCAAUCAAGAGCCAACAGAGCGACCAACGGCAUUAAUAUUGGUUAAAAUUAGUUCCUUCUCUUAA